AGUCGCUCUGCAUUUUCCGGUAGGGCAGCAGUUGUAUUCAUUUCCGUGCAUGGCUGUCGACCCCCGUGCCAUCGGCCUUUAGUGAAUGGUCGUGAUGUUGAGUGAAAAGUGUCAGGAACCGGAACCACGGUAGGCGUAAUGCCAUCUUAUUCCCUGUCGCGAAGGAUCGCGACUUUCGCGGUCACUACUUUCGCAUUAGUACUCGUUACUGAAGGUUCCCUGAUGGCUUUUGAGGAUAGUGUGUGGGAAUCAUUGCCAUACUUUGAUGAUACCACUGUGCGCGAAGUGACCGCAGCAGCAGGGUACCCAGUCAUCCUGAAGUGUCGUGUACGAAACAUCGGUGAUCGUGCAGUGUCAUGGAUUCGCCGACGGGAUCUACACAUUUUAGCCAUAGGGAUCAUGACCUACACCAAUGAUCCGCGUUUCCAGGCCGAGCAUACAGAAGGUUCAGACGACUGGACUCUCAAGAUUCGCAAUGCUUAUCCAGGAGACUCUGGAGUGUAUGAGUGUCAGAUAUCCAUUGAUCCUAAAAUCAGCCUAGGAAUUCACCUUAACGUCAUAUCCAGUCGGGCACGCAUCCUUGGAAGUCGCGAAGUGUUUGUACGUCGUGACAGUGAUGUCAAUCUUACGUGCGUUGUGGAGGCAGCCCCUACGCCCAUCGAACUGAACUGGUCCCGUAAUGGGAGACCUUUGGAUUUCUCAAGGCGAGGUGGUAUGAGCAUCCUAACUGAGAGACGCGAACGAACUAGUCAAUUGCUCAUGAGUCGGGUCUCACAUCAUGAUGCUGGUAACUAUAGUUGCUUCCCCAUUGGAAAUAGCGUUACGGAUGCGGCUAGUGUGCUCGUGCACGUGAUCAAGGAUGAAAACAGUGCCGCCAUGCAGCACGAAUCAUCGGCAAACUUUCCAAAGCACAGUAGAGCGUCAAUUGGAUUUGCUGUGGUUGUUUGUUCAGUGCUCAGACUUCUGAUGAGGUGAUAAUUGUAAAAUAAUGAAUUACGGGUUUGUAGAUGAGAGGGAAAAAAGUUUCUCUAAUCUCACAAAUUGAAAAAGUUUCGACGAAGAGAGGUGCUCGGCACUAGAAUUGAGAUGCCCACCCACACUUGUUUCUCAGAGAUGGUCGAUGAAUGGGAUUGAUGCAGACAUACGGUAUCAAACCAAUGUCUAAUCCGAACUCCUGUGUGAAUUUACUACAAUGGGAACUUUCUUUCCCUAGGUAAUCUGAUUUCAUUGAUUAACCGAAACGGAAAAUCAACUAAUGUAUUAUAGUGAAAUGUGUAUAAAGUUGUUUGAUCCCCAUGUAAGACAAAUACAAGGAUAUAUAAACUGUGAA